AUGGUGAUGGCCAAUGGCACAGUCUUUAUGCCAUCCAUACUGACACUGAUUGGGAUCCCUGGCCUGGAGUCUGUUCAGUGCUGGAUUGGGAUUCCAUUCUGUGCUAUAUAUGUCAUUGCCCUCAUUGGGAAUUACAUACUCCUAGUGAUCAUUCAAUCUGAACAUAGUCUUCACAAGCCCAUGUACCUCUUUCUAGCCAUGCUGGGAAUCACUGACAUUGCUCUUAGCACUUGCAUUCUUCCCAAGAUGUUGGGUGUUUUUUGGUUUCAUCUGCAGGAGAUCCAGUUUGAUGUAUGUCUGCUGCAGAUGUGGCUUAUCCACACGUUCCAGUGCAUAGAGUCUGGUAUCCUCUUGGCUAUGGCUGUGGACCGCUAUGUAGCCAUCUGUGACCCCCUGAAACAUGCCACCAUCUUUACCUCACAACUUCUCACUCAGAUAGGGGUUGGAGUCACUCUGAGAGCAGGUAUCCUUAUGGCCCCCUGCCUUUUGCUCAUUAAAUGUCGACUUAAAUAUUACCGAACCACUGUCAUCUCUCACUCCUACUGUGAGCACAUGGCCAUUGUGAAGCUGGCUGCUGAGGACAUCCAAGUCAACAAGGCUUAUGGUCUGUUUGUGGCCUUUUCUAUCCUGGGAUUUGAUGUCAUCUUGAUCCUCUUGUCCUAUGUUCGGAUCUUCAUUGCUGUCUUCCAUCUGCCCCAGAAGGAGGCUCGACUCAAGGCCUUCAAUACUUGUAUUGCCCAUAUUUUUGUCUUCUUGGAGUUCUACAUUCUCGCCUUCUUCUCCUUUUUCACUCACAGGUUUGGGUUCCAUAUCCCCCCCUAUGUCCAUAUCCUUAUCUCUAACCUUUAUCUCCUAGUUCCACCUCUUCUUAACCCCAUUGUUUAUGGAGUAAAGACCAAGGAGAUCAGGGAACAGGUAGUUAAAUUGAUCAGUUUCAAGAACUCAGCCUAA